AUGGCAGAAGAAGUGAAGCUCUUCAGGAACUGGUCAAGUCCAUUUGCAUUGAGGAUUGUCUGGGCACUGAAGCUGAAGGGUAUAGAAUAUGAAACCAUACUUGAGGAUCUUCAAAACAAGAGCUCUCUUCUCCUCCAAUACAACCCUGUUCACAAAAAGGUCCCAGUACUCCUGCACAAUGGAAAGCCAAUCUUAGAAUCACUUGUAAUUCUUGAAUAUAUUGAAGAAACAUGGAAGCAACAUCCCUUGUUACCUGAAGAUCCUUUUGAGAAAGCCACUGCACGUUUCUGGGCAAGGUUUAAUGAUGAAGAGCUUUUGCCAUCAAUAAGGGAUGCUUCAACUAAACAAGGGAAAGAGCAAGAGGAAGCUAUUGUUCAAGUUGAGGAGAACCUGAAAUAUGUAGAAGAGAAGCUGAAGGGGAACGUAUUCUUUGGUGGAGAGACAAUCGGAUAUCUAGAUCUAGCAUUUGGCUGGUUAGCUAAUCUGGUCAGUGUCUUAGAAGAGGUAACUGGUCUCAGCUUAACAGCUUCGGGGAAAUUUCCAUUGUUGUCGGCAUGGAUGCAGAACUUUUCGGAUGCUCCAGUGAUCAAAGAAUGCUGGCCACCUAGAGACAAGUUAAUCAUCAAGUAUCAAGCCAUGAUUGAGAAAUACACCGCCGUGGCUGCACCUAAAUGA